AUGGAAGAUAACAAUGCAAAGGAAAUUCCUGCAAAACCGACCUCUGCCAUUUUGCCAGCUCCCAAGAAGGACAAGAAGUCGGAGACAACAAGUCAAGAUACACCAGAGGUUGACUCAAGAAGCAGUCUGACUGAUAGUGAUGUAAAACUGGAAGGCGUCUUGUCUACCACAGUCACAGAUAAACCUCAGUCUGAUAAUGAGCUUCCCAAGAAGGACAAGAAGUCGGGAACAACAAGUCAAGAUACACCAGAGGUUGACUCAAGAAGCAGUCUGACUGAUAGUGAUGUAAAACUGGAAGGCGUCUUGUCUACCACAAUCACAGAUAAACCUCAGUCUGAUGAUGAGCUUCCCAAGAAGGACAAGAAGUCGGGGACAACAAGUCAACAUACACCAGAGGUUGACUCAAGAAGCAGUCUUACUGAUAGUGAUGUAAAGCUAGAAGGCACCUUGUCUACCACAGACAAACCUCAGUCUGAUGACCACCAGUUAAAGGAAGCCAUGGCCUUGUCUCUGUCAGAUACCAGUCAUGAUGGAGUGAAGCUAGAAGAUGCAGCUGCCGUGACUACAACAGACAAACCUCGGUGUGAUGAUGGAGACACGCUACAAGCAACCAUCGUGUCUGUCACAAAUACAGAUCAAACUGGCGGUGGAGCCAAGCUUGAAGGGGCAACUGCCUUGUCUGCGAGAGACGAGCCUCGGUGUGAUGAUAAAAAGCUUGUUGAUCAAAUAAAAGGAGUUUUAUAUGGAAAUUGUAUCGGGGAUGCCAUUGGAUUGUUGACAGAAUUCAUGGACAAAAACGAAGCUCAAAAAGUUCGUUAUUUUAUUUGUUUCUUGUUCAGUUUCUGGGCAGUUGUUUCAAAGCCAAUGAACUUAACGCUAGGUUAACCUAAAAUCCAAAGCAAACAUCCCAAGAGCUUGUUUAUAAAUUUCGAAAUAUUUCUUCAGAAAUCUUGUCUGGAUCAGUAGAAGUUUUCUUCUCUGAAGUUUUGAAAUAAACACACUGAGUGCAGAAAUACAUGAACUAAAACAUCAUGUUAAAUUUUUAUCCAGGGUUAGCGCUAAUCCAGCUUUGGACAACCCGCCCCUGAUAGAGAUUUCUUAUUCCUUCACUUCUUACACAGUUUCCUUGAUUUCUUAUUCCUUCAUUUCUUACACAGUUUCCUUGAUUUCUUAUUCCUUCAGUUCUUACACAGUUUCCUUGAUUUCUUAUUCCUUCACUUCUUACACAGUUUCCUUGAUUUCUUAUUCCUUCACUUCUUACACAGUUUCCUUGAUUUCUUAUUCCUUCACUUCUUACACAGUUUCCUUGAUUUCUUAUUCCUUAGCACUAUGGUGGCAAACGUGUGAUGAAGCUAUUCUAUAGAAAAGACCUGGAGUACAACCAGAAGGUUGCUGAUCUCCAUCGCUGUAACUGGAAAGAAGGAGACUGGACCGACGACUCGGAUCAAAUGAUUCUCAUUCUUAGAACAUUGGUUCAAAAUGGUGGAAAAGUGAGUAUUCUUGGGUUUCAUAUGAAGUGACGGGGGUCAACUCUAAAACAAAACACAGUUAUCAGAGUGAGUCGAUUGUUCGUUUUAUGUAUUAGCCUUGUGUUUGGUGGCAAAUACAUGGAAUUUCGUAUCAUUUUCUCACUCCAGUACAGCAUAAGCAUCAAUACAUUUGAGGUUGACCCCCCGUCAGAUUCACUGCAUAAUGCUGUAGUGAAACCCAAGAAUUAAGACCCGUUGGGGCAGGUGUGCUUUAUGUCUCGAAAUGAAACUAAUUUUUAUAUAGUAUACAUGUUUUGCGUCAUUUUACACAGUUUGUUGAAAAAGACUUUGCAAAGAAAUUGAGGCACUGGGUACGCCAUGGUUACGAGGAGCUUGGUGAUACACGCGGUUGUGGGCUGGGCAGGACGACAGCCUCUGUUCUCAGUCAUAGAGAUUUCUUGGAGAAUCCUCACAAGGUAGAAACCAUAGGUCUGAUUAUAGAUAUUUCUUAAAGAAUCCUCACAAGGUAGAAACUAUAGGUCUGGUUAUAGACAUUUCUUAUGCAGAAUCCUCACAAGGUAGAAACCACAGGUCUGAUUAGAGAUAUUUCUUAAAGAAUCCUCACAAGGUAGAAACUAUAGGUCUGGUUAUAGACAUUUCUUAUACAGAAUCCUCACAAGGUAGAAACCAUAGGUCUGAUUAGAGAUAUUUCUUAUACAGAAUCCUCACAAGGUAGAAACCAUAGGUCUGAUUAGAGAUAUUUCUUAUACAGAAUCCUCACAAGGUAGAACUGCCACAGGUCUGAUUAGAGAUAUUUCUUAUACAGAAUCCUCACAAGGUAGAAACCACAGGUCUGAUUAGAGAUAUUUCUUAUACAGAAUCUUAUACAGAAUCCUCACAAGGUAGAAAUAACAGGUCUGAUUAGAGAUAUUUCUUAUACAGAAUCCUCACAAGGUAGAAACCACAGGUCUGAUUAUAGAUAUUUCUUAAAGAAUCCUCACAAGGUAGAAACCAUAGGUCUGAUUAGAGAUAUUUCUUAUACAGAAUCCUCACAAGGUAGAAACCAUAGGUCUGAUUAUAGAUAUUUCUUAUACAGAAUCCUCGCAAGGUAGAAACUAUAUGUCUGGUUAUAGAUAUUUCUUAUACAGAAUCCUCACAAGGUAGAAACCAUAGGUCUGAUUAGAGAUAUUUCUUAUACAGAAUCCUCACAAGGUAGAAACCAUAGGUCUGGUUAUAGAUAUUUCUUAUACAGAAUCCUCACAAGGUAGAAACCACAGGUCUGAUUAUAGAUAUUUCUUAAAGAAUCCUCACAAGGUAGAAACCAUUUGUCUGAUUAGAUCCGGUUUCCACCCACAGGGAAUGUUGACAGGGUGGGUUGGGAUGAGCCCCUAACUGACCCUUCCACUGUAGCUGUACUCCGUGAUCAGACAUGAGUUAUAAGGUGGUUGUCAGAGGCGCCCUUAGAAAGCCUUGAACUUCGUCAGGUUGAGCUACAUCCUUCGUAAUUCAGCUUAGCUCUCAGCUGACAGUAUAAGGAUGAUAUAUCCCCCCCCUACCCCCCCCCCCACCUAUUUACUAAAUCUGUAAACUCACUAUGGUCAUUGCCAGGCGGCCAAAGACGUAUGGGAAGGCAGUGGAAGAUACAUCGCUCCAAAUGGUGGAGUUAUGAGAACGUCAGUUCUGGGUACGAUGGAAUUUCGUGACUUGGACAAAGUCAUUGAGAAUACAAGGAGUGCUUGCAUGGUGACGCAUGCUGACCCGCGAUGUAUUGCGUCAUGUGUUGCUGUUACCAUAGCAAUAGCCCUGAUGUUGCAACGCAAACAUAAUAAAGGAAAACAUGACAUCGACGCAAUUAUGAGCACUGCUCACUGGUAUGCAGAACAAGAACUUAAAGAGACACCGCAAUAUGUGAGUAUACUUUUCCAACAGGUCUUUCAAGCGCCUUCGCUCGAAACGUCGAAGUUCUCCUUGUAUUUUUCAGGUAGUUGUAUCCCUAUCAAUGCGCAGUUUUUCUAACGGAGAACCACAGUAACCGUCGCGAUAUUUUAUCAACCACAUCCUUUGACUGAGAACAACUUUGGGUCAAAAAUAAGCGAAAGAUAGAAGUGUAUAAUCUUGCUUGACAUAUCAAAUUUUGAUUCCACUGAUUUCUUGUAUAGAAAGACGAGCUGAAGCACCACAUGUUUGCAGAAUCACUUGACAAACUAGAGUUGGACUCUCCACAGGCCAUUGGUUACACUUUCAAGUGUAUGGGGGCUGGUUUCUGGGCAUUCAGACAGAAAGAUUUUAGAGAAGCAAUACAGGCAAUUACAAUGGAGGUUUGCAUUAUUAAUAGACAAUUCCAUUAUAUCUUGGCAAAAAAGUAUAUUCCCGGAAAAAGCAUACUAAAAUGAGUAAAAUUGCAAAUUUCGCAAAUUUUGUAUACUUUUGUAUUGCGUGCGGAAAUUGCCACCACAUUUGGGCCGAAAAUGGUAGCAAUUUUCGCACGCAAUACAAAAGUACUGUACACAAAAUUUGCAAACUUUGCAAGGCUAUAUUUUCCGCACUUUACAACAUUUCGCAACCAAACAUUGCAAUUUUAUUAAUUUUAAUAUGCUCUUUCUAGCUGUGGUGAUUUAUUUGCAUCUCUUCCCCUUCUGAAGAGUUCUUGAACGAUAAUAACUGCUCUUUCAUAUCUAGGCUGGUGAUGCAGAUACUAACUGUGCAGUUGCAGGGGCCUUAUUGGGCUGUAAAGUUGGGUUUCACAAAUUGCCCAAAUCUUGGGUCAACGGUCUAUGUAAUCGAGGCUGGCUGGACAAAGAAAUUAAAAGGUUUUGUACAUUUUACCACAUAGCCAGAAAUAUGCGACAUCCGCGAUUGCGCAAUUCCCCAUGGCAGACCACAAAUUCCACAAUACUAGAAGAAGAUGUUCUAUAUCUCGAAAUGCGAAAUUAGAUCUUGUUAAAGUUAAUGUUGAAGAACAUCAUGGACUAAAAAUUGAUCGCUAUUGGCAAAUUUUCGGUUUUCCCUCACAAAAUGUAUAAAAUCGUGUUGGUUCUCUAAGGUUUAGUCUGUGUGAGCGCCAAUUAAACCCCAGUUUUACAUAAACAAACCGUUCGUGAAGUCGUAACAUCGACAAAAUCAAACAUGCGAAAUUGGUCCAUGUAAGUACAAUAUCUGAGGUUGCUGGUUCAAGUAAUAGCUUAAUUUUCCACCUUACUUUCGGUUUUCCUUUUCGCAUAUGUCGCGUAUAUGUCGCGUAUUUCUGGCAAUGAGAUCUAGGAGUAGUUGAUAUGUUUGGUCGUACUCUUUUCAAAAACUAAAUCUGUUGUUUUAUUUUUAGCUACUUCACACUGCUUGGAUUGCAACACUAA